AUUUCUCUACCUCACUCUCACACUCUUUAAUGCAAACUCAGAUACCAAAAUCCAGAGAAACCCCUUUUCUUCAUUUACUCCUUCUUAACUCUCUUCAAACCUCAAAACUCAAUCAAACUUUUGAGGUUGUUUCUUUCUACAUUAAAAACCAAACAAGUGCUUGUCUUUUCCUUCUUAUACUCUUAGUCUUACCAAACAUUUCCUAUUUUUAUAUCAUGAGUGCAUCAAAGUUCAUUAAAUGUGUUACUGUUGGUGAUGGAGCUGUUGGAAAAACUUGCAUGCUCAUUUGCUACACCAGCAACAAAUUCCCCACUGAUUAUAUACCAACAGUAUUUGAUAAUUUUAGUGCAAAUGUAGCUGUGGAUGGAAGCAUUGUGAAUUUGGGGUUAUGGGACACUGCAGGCCAAGAAGACUAUAGUAGAUUGAGGCCACUGAGCUAUAGAGGAGCUGAUAUAUUUGUGUUAGCAUUUUCAUUGAUUAGUAGAGCUAGCUAUGAAAAUGUUCUUAAGAAGUGGAUGCCCGAAUUGCGUCGAUUUGCUCCUAAUGUUCCAAUUGUUCUUGUUGGUACGAAGUUGGAUCUUCGUGAAGAUCGUGGAUAUUCAGCUGAUCACGCGGGUUAUAAUAUUAUAACAUCUGCUGAGGGAGAAGAACUGAGGAAACAAAUUGGUGCUGCGGCAUACAUUGAGUGCAGCUCGAAGACUCAACAGAAUGUCAAAGCGGUUUUCGAUACUGCGAUUAAGGUUGUUCUUCAACCUCCAAGGAGGAAAGAAAUGCCGAGGAAGAAAAGGCAAAGAAGGUCUGGUUGCUCAUUUGUAGGUAUUGUGUGUGGAGGUUGUGCUGCUUAAUCCACAUCAAAUGUACCAUCAUACCUAUUUUUGGUAUGGAUGUUAUUUUGCUCAAGCUUCAAGGUCAAAUUUGGAAUUCUGACAUCUGAUUAUUACAUAUCUAAAUAUGUAUCCUUAUGCUUGUAUUGUAACUGGUGUAAGUUAGUAUAUCUAUCUAUUUUCAGUUAACAAAGACCUUAUUGGAUUGUGAAGGGAAUUUUUCAUUCUCUCAA